AUGGAGUCGACACGAGUCACAGCUUCCUGCAGCCUGCAGGCUCGCUUCUGUCUGCGCCACUCCCAGGAGGGAAAGUUUAAGAUGAGGCUCAAAGCCCAGCGAACGAUAAACGAUGAGCUUGUCUGCGGCCUGAACCCCGAUGACAAGGAUGGCACGAUCAGAGUCAAACCGACAACUUUCACCACUGCUGUCAACGUGAAGGCCACCGUUCUGUGUCCAACCUGCGAUUGUGAAAAGACUUCUAUCCCGAAAGCGGACAGAUGCCACGGCCAUGGAAACUUGGUGUGUGGGAGAUGUCAGUGCGAUGACGGCUGGCUGGGAAAUUUUUGUAACUGCUCAGCGAGUGCUUCAGCUCUGCACUCAAACCAGUGCAUUGGUCCUGGCAUGACGGAACCUUGUUCGGGCCGUGGAGACUGCCUGGCAUGCGGCACCUGCGUGUGCUACAACCCGGAUCAGUUCGAAGGACCCUACUGUCAGUAUGACAAGACCCAGUGUCAAAGAUUUGCUGGCUUCCUCUGCAACGACCGCGGCUCUUGUGUUAUGGGUCAGUGUGCAUGUGCAGAUGGCUGGGAGGGGCCCGCCUGCGAGUGUCCCAAAAGCAAUCAGACCUGCCUGGACAGCAAAGGGCUCGUGUGUGGUGGGCGGGGUGAGUGCAAGUGUGGCCGCUGCGAGUGUCCAAACUCUGGUAUCGAGAUGUCAGAAAACUGUGAGCCAAACUUCCAGUUUCAGCUAGGUGUGUGUGAGGGAACGAGGAGCUGCGUUCAGUGUCAGGCGUGGAAGACAGGGGAGAAGAAGGAGAAAGCUGAAUGUGAUAAGUGCCCAUUCACAAUUAUAAAGGUGGACGAGCUGAAAGAACGGGAGAAAGUGCUCGACUCUUGCAGUUUUCGGGACGAGGAUGAUGACUGUACGUACCAAUACACGGUCGAACCCAGUGAAGAUCCCACAGUGAACAAGCUGAUAGUCGAGGUGCUCGAAAAGAAAGAUUGUCCAGGUGCCGGUCUUCUUUGGUUGCUGCCACUCUUCCUCUUCCUCCUGCUGCUGUUGGCGCUCCUGUUGCUUUGCUGCUGGAAGUACUGUGCCUGCUGCAAAGCCUGUUGGCAGAGCUGCCUCGCCCUGCUACCUUGCUGUGGGAGAGGUCGCAUGGUUGGCUUUAAGGAAGAUGAAUAUUUGCUUCGUCAGUCUCUGCUCACCUCAGACCAUUUGGACACACCAAUGGUGAGGACCGGCCCACCUAAAGGAACGGACGUAGUUCGCUGGAAAGUCACCGAUAAUGUUCACCGCCCCCCCAAUCACCCCCAGGCUCUAAUUAAACCCAACCCAAAUGAGCUGAUCCAGUUCCCGGUCUCCCUCCGACUCAAUAGGCUGUUUUCUGAGAACUUGACUCGCCCAGAAUCAAGAGAUGCCGAGCAGCUUCGCAUGGAAGUGAAUGAAAAUUUAAACGAGGUGUUCAAGCAAAUUCCUGGGGCGCAGAAAGUGCAGCAGACCUCAUUCAGACUGCAAAAAAAUGCAGGAAAAAGACAGGACCACACCAUCAUGGACACAGUGUUGCCUGCUCCCAGGAGCUCCUACCAAGAUAUAAUCAAACUCACUGAAAAGACCAUUCAGUCUGGAAACUUCCAUGACCUCAAAGUGGUGCCGGGCUACUACACCGUCGCUUCAGACAGAGAGGCUGCCGGGGCAGUGGAGUUCCAAGAGGAUGUGGAGUCACUAGAUGUUCAUGUACCACUUUUUGUCAAGGAUGAAGAUGAUGACAAAAAACAGCUGCAAGUGGAGGCCAGGGAUGUACCACUGGGCAUCGCGGAGAUCGGAAAACGUUUUGUCAACAUCACCAUCAUCAAAGAGCAUGCCACCAGCGUCUUCUCAUUCCUCCAGCCAAAUUACACGUACAGCCGGCAGGAUGGAGUCGCCAACAUUCCAAUCAGUAGAGAAAUCAUUGAGGAUGGACGCACACAGGUCACCUACCGUACACGAGAUCUCACAGCCAAAGAUAAGAAGGAUUAUGUGAAUGUAGAAGGAGAUCUGUCCUAUGGUCCUGGUGAGACUCAGAAGGUGGUGCCUGUUCGUCUUCUGGAGCUGAGUGAAAAAGACAGCUUGUUAGAAGACAAACAGGUCAAGCAGUUUGUCAUGGAUCUCAGUAACCCACGGCAAGGUGCCAAACUGGGACGCUACCCAAGAACCACUGUCACCAUCACAGACCUACCAGAACCAAGUAUGAUGAUGUUCAAGAAAGGCAACCAGAACUUCAGCACAUCAGAUCCAACCUACACCAUCCCUGUGGUCCGCACUCGCAACCUAGACAGUCCUGCUACAGUGAAAUGGCGCACUAAGAAAGCUCAGCGCUUUGACCUUUCUGGCCCCCUGAUGUUUGGUCCUGGAGAAAUGGAAAAGAACAUUGUGAUUGACCCAAGAGUACACCCUGGUCCAAUCCAACCAGAGACCAUACAGCUGGAGCUGUUUGACCCCAGUACUAAUGCUAUGGUUGGAGAACGGAAGACUACCCUUGUCAAUAUUACAGAAGGAGUUCUAAGAUCUCCAGAAAUAGCUCAGAUGCCACAAAUGGGCUACAUAAACCAGAAAGCCACAUCGCCUGGCGGUCACCUUCUCGCCCCAGAAAAUCUAAAGGCUAAAGCAUCUGGCCCCAGAAACAUCCGACUGAACUGGGAUCCACCACCUGGUAACCCAAUGGGAUACAAGGUAAAGUAUUGGAUCUAUGGUGACCCAGAGAAAGAUGCCAAUAUCUUGGAUGUAAAGACUCCUCAAGCCGAGCUGACAAACCUGUACCCCUACUGUGAUUAUGAGAUGCGAGUGCGUGCCUAUAAUGCAAUGGGAGAUGGCUACGAUACAGACAUGGUUUCCUGUCAAACACUGGAGGAUGUGCCUGGUGAACCUGGUCGCUUGGCCUUCAACGUCAUCAGUCCAACUGUCACUCAGGUCAGCUGGGCGGAGCCUGCAGAAACCAAUGGCAACAUUACUGCGUAUGAGGUCAUCUACACACCAAUUGACGAUGAAAAGAAGCCUGUGGGAGCAGCUAAGACAGUGAAGAUCGACAAUCCUAAGAAACGGAUGCUGUUGAUCGAAAACCUUCAGAGUGCCCAAACUUACCAGUACAAAGUCCGUGCCAAAAACAGCGUGGGCUGGGGUCCCUUCAGAGAUGCUACCAUUAAUUUAGCAUCGCAACCUACCAGACCUAUGUCUAUUCCCAUCAUUCCAGAUGUUCCUAUUGUGGAUGCAGAGGCAGGAGAUGAGUAUGACAGCUACCUGAUGUACAGCAAUGAUGUGCUUAAAUCACCAACAAGUUCCAAAACGCCAAGUGUCUCGGGAGACGACUACAUGAUGAAUGGGAACUUCCUCUUCCCUGGAGGGUCUUCAACACGCAACAUGUCUUCGUCUUCCUCGCCGAUGUCCACUCUGGGGUCCAACUACAGAGGAGCAGGAGGCUCCUUCACCACAGAGACUCACACCACCUACAUCUCCGGAGCAGGAGGCUCUCGCAGACAGGAGCUGAUGGAGGGGGGCAUGCACGCAUCCGAAGUCAUCAUGAGAAAGCGUUCGGAGAACAGAAGUUACAUGGACGAACACAUCCGGGACUCGAUUGUGAUGGGAGACGUGUCGAGCAACUUCCCAGAUCUGACACCAUCCGGUGGCUUCAGCUACUCCAGCGCUCAAAGCCAGUUUGGCUACGGCCUGUCUCAGGGGUCCAGAACCAGGAAUCAGUCCUCAGAUGUGAACGAGGCCUUGUACAGUCUGGACAGAGUGCUCCAGGAUGCUCGACUCUCUCCUGGUGUGCCAGAAACUCCCAGCAGACUGGUGUUUUCUGCUCUGGGACCUACAGCGCUUAAAGUCAGCUGGCAGGAGCCCCGCUGUGAGAAAGACAUCCUGGGAUACUGUGUCCUCUACCAGCUGCUCAAUGGAGGUGAAACAAAGCGCAUCAAUGUGACGAACCCAGCGGAGAACUCUGUGAUCAUCCAUGACCUGCUGCCCAACCACUCCUACCUGUUCAAGGUGAAGGCUCAGAGCAAUGAGGGCUGGGGUCCAGAUCGAGAAGGGGUCAUCACCAUCGAGUCGGCUGUGGAUCCCAAGAGCCCCCUCAGCCCCAUGCCAGGCUCACCGUUCACUCUGAGUACUCCCAGUGCUCCAGGCCCUCUGGUGUUCACAGCCCUGAGCCCAGACUCGCUGCAGCUCAGCUGGGAGAAACCUCGUAAACCCAACGGAGACAUCCUGGGCUAUAAGGUUACCUGCGAACAGGUACAUGGUGGAGGUGUUGAGCGCACGUUCCAGGUGAAUGGUGACAGCCCUGAGACCAGUCUGACUGUUCCCAACCUGACUGAGAACGUGCCAUAUAAGUUCAAGGUUCAGGCUCGGACCACGCAGGGCUUCGGUCCUGAGAGGGAGGGCAUCAUCACAAUCGAGUCUCAAGAUGCAGGUGCCUUAUCUCAGUACAGCAACCAAUCACUGAUGAGGAGGGAGGUUUUCCACAUGCCAACAGAGGUCACCACACGGACCAACGUCUCCCACACCAUGCUCAAUGACCCCUAUUUCUCAGACGGCAUGAUGAUGACCACGCAGCACACGGAGAGCGGCGGCAUGGUGAGCCGUCAGGUCACCAGGGAAGUGGUUCAGCGGAGCGUCACGGGAGGAGCUACCGUCACAAAGAGAAUGUUUUACGAGUCCUAAGAACUUUAAGCUGCGCCCGCAUUAACCUUCCGAUACAAGAACUCCAUCGGAGGGGAAAAAGUGUGUAUAUGAUGAACGAUCACGCAAACAGAUUACAACAAAAAACAUGUGGCCAACACUUUGUAAAAAAGGACACGUCUUUAUGUCUGUUACAAACUUUGUGGGAGUUGUUGACGCGUUUAGUCCACUCUGUUGGUUUGCAUCUGCUAACACACCAGACUUACACGGAGGCCAGCAUAAUAAUCUGACGAUGGCUCAGUAAUCCAAAUCCUGCUCUCCUUCUGUCCUUCACCUGCCUGUAAGAGGUCUGCACCACGCGCAGACCAUUUCACUUUAAACUCAUUCAAUUUAUGCUGUAAUUCUAUUUAAAUCCAAAAGAUACACCCGUUUUCAAAUGACGUUUUGAGAUUUUUAUACUUGCAAAUGCACAUAAAGCGAUGGUAAUAUACACACGGCUGGCUGACACGUAAAGGCGCACGUUCAUGAUUUAAAUGAUCAAAUUUACUAGCUAAAACAUGCUUUUGUGUUUAGCUGUCAUCUGGCUGGUGUUUUUCCACUCUUUACAGCUCAUGUUCAGCGUUUUUUCAUGCAGUGGAGCAACGUUUGAACAGUUUGAGAGUUUAUCAGAGAAAUGUGUAAAGACUGAAAGAUUGUAUUUUGUUUCGGCUUCGAGCUCUGCUUUGCUUUUGCUUCAUUAAAAUGCUUUUGUCAAACAUUAUUCAAGAGGUGUUUUUAAUUAAGUGAGCAGGAUGUGAAUAUGUUGUUAAACAUUUCACCAAAAUGACAUUCUGUAAAAUAUUAUACUUUCCAAUCAGCGUAUCUUUUAUUUUAAAGCAACUUUUCUUCAUUUUUUUUGUAUCUGCAUUGAUUUUA